AUGGAUGUAAAGAUAGCUAUAUCAUAUAGAUUAGACCAGUCUUUAGGCUACCAUAGAAUAGAUGUUCAGAUAGCUAUAUCAUAUAGAUUAGACCAGUCUUUAGACUACUAUAGAAUAGAUGUUCAGAUAGCUAUAUCAUAUAGAUUAGACCGAUCUUUAGGCUAUCAGUACUAUAGAAUAGAUGUUCAGAUAGCUAUAUCAUAUAGAUUAGACCAGUCUUUAGACUACUAUAAAAUAGAUGUUCAGAUAGCUAUAUCAUAUAGAUUAGACCAUUCUUUAGACUACCAUAGAAUAGAUGUUCAGAUAGCUAUAUCAUAUAGAUUAGACCGGUCUUUAGGCUACCAUAGAAUAGAUGUUCAGAUAGCUAUAUCAUAUAGAUUAGACCGGUCUUUAGACUACCAUAGAAUAGAUGUUCAGAUAGCUAUAUCAUAUAGAUUAGACCGGUCUUUAGACUACCAUAGAAUAGAUGUUCAGAUAGCUAUAUCAUAUAGAUUAGACCAGUCUUUAGACUACUAUAGAAUAGAUGUUCAAAUAGCUAUAUCAUAUAGAUUAGACCGGUCUUUAGACUACCAUAGAAUAGAUGUUCAGAUAGCUAUAUCAUAUAGAUUAGACCAGUCUUUAGACUACUAUAGAAUAGAUGUUCAGAUAGCUAUAUCAUAUAGAUUAGACCGGUCUUUAGACUACCAUAGAAUAGAUGUUCAGAUAGCUAUAUCAUAUAGAUUAGACCGAUCUUUAGGCUAUCAGUACUAUAGAAUAGAUGUUCAAAUAGCUAUAUCAUAUAGAUUAGACCGGUCUUUAGACUACCAUAGAAUAGAUGUUCAGAUAGCUAUAUCAUAUAGAUUAGACCGGUCUUUAGACUACCAUAGAAUAGAUGUUCAGAUAGCUAUAUCAUAUAGAUUAGACCGAUCUUUAGGCUAUCAGUACUAUAGAAUAGAUGUUCAGAUGGCUAUAUCAUAUAGAUUAGACCGGUCUUUAGACUACUAUAGAAUAGAUGUUCAAAUAGCUAUAUCAUAUAGAUUAGACCGGUCUUUAGACUACCAGUACUAUAGAAUAGAUGUUCAGAUAGCUAUAUCAUAUAGAUUAGACCGGUCUUUAGGCUACCAUAGAAUAGAUGUUCAGAUAGCUAUAUCAUAUAGAUUAGACCGGUCUUUAGACUACCAUAGAAUAGAUGUUCAGAUAGCUAUAUCAUAUAGAUUAGACCAGUCUUUAGACUACCAGUACUAUAGAAUAGAUGUUCAGAUAGCUAUAUCAUAUAGAUUAGACCAGUCUUUAGGCUACCAUAGAAUAGAUGUUCAGAUAGCUAUAUCAUAUAGAUUAGACCGGUCUUUAGACUACCAGUACUAUAGAAUAGAUGUUCAGAUAGCUAUAUCAUAUAGAUUAGACCGGUCUUUAGACUACCAGUACUAUAGAAUAGAUGUUCUGAUAGCUGUAUCAUAUAGAUUAGACCAGUCUUUAGACUACUAUAGAAUAGAUGUUCAGAUAGCUAUAUCAUAUAGAUUAGACCAGUCUUUAGACUACCAUAGAAUAGAUGUUCUGAUAGCUAUAUCAUAUAGAUUAGACCGGUCUUUAGACUACCAUAGAAUAGAUGUUCAGAUAGCUAUAUCAUAUAGAUUAGACCGAUUAGACCGGUCUUUAGACUACCAUAGAAUAGAUGUUCAGAUAGCUAUAUCAUAUAGAUUAGACCAGUCUUUAGACUACCAUAGAAUAGAUGUUCAGAUAGCUAUAUCAUAUAGAUUAGGCCGGUCUUUAGGCUACCAUAGAAUAGAUGUUCAGAUAGCUAUAUCAUAUAGAUUAGACCAGUCUUUAGACUACUAUAAAAUAGAUGUUCAGAUAGCUAUAUCAUAUAGAUUAGACCGGUCUUUAGACUACCAUAGAAUAGAUGUUCAGAUAGCUAUAUCAUAUAGAUUAGACCAGUCUUUAGAAUACCAUAGAAUAGAUGUUCAGAUAGCUAUAUCAUAUAGAUUAGACCAGUCUUUAGACUACCAUAGAAUAGAUGUUCAGAUAGCUAUAUCAUAUAGAUUAGACCGGUCUUUAGGCUACCAUAGAAUAGAUGUUUAG